UCUUAAAUAGUUAAAGUCAUUACUAUAAUCUUAUAUUUUUGUUCGUACGAUAAAAUAGUGUUAUCUUUUAUUACUUAACAAUGCAUAAAACAGGUGCAACUCGCCACAAAAAGUUUUUAAAGGCAGAAAAGUCAAAAACAAAAUUGAAAGGCAAGAAAGACAAAGAAUUGCCCAAAGGAACAAAUGUUACUAAAACCAAUUUUAAAGUUAAAAAGAUAGUAAUCAAAGAGCAAUUGAAAAAACAUGCUCAAACGGAGGCUCUGUCUACUAGAAAACUAAACGUGAAAGAACUAUUAUCCAGACUCAAUCAUUUCAAUGCACAGUCGCGUACUGAUGCACUUGAUGGCCUGAAGGAGAUCAUAAGUUCAAACACAGAGAUUCUUGAGCAAAGUCUUGGCCCUGUUAUUCAAGGUGUGAGCGCUCUGAUAUUAAAUGUGGAAAAAAAUGUACGGCAAGCUGCAUUAAAAGUUCUUCAUUUAGUAUUAUCAAAUAUACAAACUGAAAAGAUUGAACCAUUUUUUGAUAUCAUGUCAACAUAUUUGAGAAGUGCCAUGACUCAUAUUGACAACAGAAUUCAAGAGGACUCACUUUUAUUCUUAGAUAUACUGUUAGCAUGUGCUCCAGAAAAAGCAGCAGAAGAUUUUCACAAAAUAAUACCAAAUUUUUUGGACAUGAUUUCAAAACUACGUACAGAUGCCAAACCAGGAAGAACAUUAACUGUAAAUCUCAACUGUCAAAUAACCAGUGUCAAAUGGAGGGUUAAAGUUCUAGACAGAUUAAAGGGCUUUUUACACAAAUUUGCAGAUUACAACAAAGUUUCACUUACAGAAAAGUCAGAUGACACAAAGACAAAAAGUUUUAACAUGGAUGGCCCUAAUCACUAUCCUUUAUUCAAUCCAGUUUAUACAUCAAUUUGUCAUGUAUCUUGUUUCUCUACAAAGAAUUCAGAAAUGCUGCAAAUAGAUGAAAUCGAUAAAUUCAGAGAGUACAUUGAGACAUUGAUGCCUUUACUGUUUGAAACAUGGUUAGAAGCAAGUCCAAAUGCACAAUCUGGGAGCCGUAUGGAGACUGUUGUGACUGAGGAUGCUGCUUUAUUACUGCGACAUAUACUAGACGUGAUAUCCACUAUAUGGGACCUUGUCAAGUUCUAUCACCAAAGAACACCCAGCUCCAAUAUAGAACAACUGUUUUGCCAGAAGUAUAAAUCACUUUUUACUCAAAAUAUAUGCAGUUCAUUUCCAUAUGUGACAAAUGUUCGAACAAGGCAGGCAAAAAGCAGUGAAAAUAGUAUGGAAGAUGUAAUAUCUGAUCCCAAGUUAACUAUAGAAAACCUACAAAUCUGUUACUUGUAUAUCAUGUUGAAUCCACGCAUACAUGUUGCACAAGAUAGCAAACUUAUAAAUACAGUUGUUGGCUACAUAGAAAGGGUGCUUGAUUACAAGUCAAAUCAAAAUGUACAUAAGAUUGUUUUCAAAAUCUUGCAAUCAAUGUUUUCAAAAGAAAUAACCGGUUGGACUAGAACAACUGUAGUUAUGGAUUCACUGUUUAAAAAAAUCAUUGAAGUAUAUUUUAAUAAAACAGAAAGUGAUGAUAUCCACCAACAAAUAUUCACUUUGCUGUGUAAAAUAGCUAUGAAUGAUAAACUAGGGCAUUUCCACUCCAAUCCUUUAUUUGAGAAAUGGUUGAAAAACUUGCCCAAUAUUCUCCUUGGAGAAUCUCUUACAUUACAAACUGUGGACAUAAUACACAAAUUUGCAGUUAGCAAAAAUGCACUUUUUAAUUCAGUUUUGAAGCCAAAGCUUCUGAACAUCAUUACAAACUUACCAAAAAUAAUGAUAAGUGAUUGUGUAAAUAAUCAUGAUUAUCAUAAGUUAUUAUCUCUAUUUUACUGGAUAAAAUCUUGGGAUACAGAUUCAUUAAAUUUAUUAGAGAAUCAACUACUCAAUCAUGAAUAUAGAAGUGAUCAUGGCAAAUUUAUAUUUGAUACUUUGAGAUUGAAAAGUGGGGGUAUUUUAUAAUGUUCUAUAUUAUAAAUAAAACUAUUAUACAUA